AUGUCGGAUACUUCUCUUUCACCAAAUGCUGGCUCAUUACAUCAUGCAUUCUCUGAUGGCCUUGGGCAUAAUCCUACCAAUCCAUUGGGGCAGAACAACCUCGGGCUUCUUGCGAGUAAUCUCAACAUGUGGCCAUUGCCUCCCAACUCGGCGAUCAUGCCUGGUAACCCGUUCCACUACCCACCAUGGCAACCAUUGCACGAGGACUUCGUCGCUCCUCAAUCCAAUAUAUACUAUGAUUUGGGCAUGGAGACCAAUUUGCGGAUGCCAACAAGCUUCCAAUCCGAUGAAGUCGCUACCGCUGGAUAUCCAUAUGGUCAUUCAUCCAGCAAUACAACAAUAACCCCUGUCGUCAUGCCAGUUGAACACCAGCCUAGGGGGGUACAGCAGGAGACCCGCGCGAAGCAUAUUGAUGAAAGUGGAAAGAAUUACCGACCUGUGCAGAGAUGUAAAUGGGAGGGCUGUACGUCCACAAAGAUUUUCAAUCGUGAGGCCGACCUUGUGCGGCAUGUCAGGACCAUCCAUAUUGCUCCUCGGUCUUAUAGGUGCAAUGUCGGUGGCUGCUUCAGGUCCUUCAAUAGGGGUGAUAACCUGAAGGAGCAUAUGCUCAGGGUUCAUGAUUGCGAUUAUUAG